GAAGCUUUAUAGAGAGUUUGUGUUCGAACACUGAAUGCCACUCUUCUAGGGAGAAACUUUGGACAAAGCGGGAAAGAUGCAGUACGACUAUGGUAAAAACAAGGAAGAGCAUCCGGAGCCCAUCAAAACUGAAGUAAAAGGCUUGGUUCCUGAAUGGCUGAAGGGCACGCUUAUACGCAAUGGACCCGGCCUUUUCUCAGUGGGAGAGACGUCAUACAACCAUUGGUUUGAUGGAAUGGCACUUUUGCACAAUUUCACAAUUAAUAAAGGAGAGGUAACAUACAGGAGCAAAUAUCUUCAAGGCGACACCUACAAAUCCAACAUGCAGGCCAACAGGAUAGUGGUGUCAGAGAUGGGGACCAUGGCGUACCCAGACCCAUGCAAAAAUAUAUUCUCCAAAGUGAUCACCUUCCUCAGCCACACCAUCCCGGACUUCACUGACAACUGUGCCAAUAACAUCAUCAAAUAUGGAAAUGACUACCAUGCUACAUCUGAAACCAAUUAUAUUCGUAAAAUUGACCCCUUCACUUUAGAGACUCAAGAAAAGGUGGACUACCUGAAACACCUUCCUGUCAAUAUUGUGGCAUCACAUACGCAUUAUGAUAAAGAGGGAAAUAGCUACAGUAUGGGAACAUGCAUUGCAGAGAAGGGCAAAACCAAAUACACUUUGUUCAAGGUUGCAGGAGGAAGUAGCUCAGACGGGUCUCCACUGAAAAACGCUGAGGUCGUGUGCACCGUGCCCUGCCGCUCUCUCCUCACACCCAGUUAUUACCACAGCUUUGGCAUGACCGACAACUACUUCAUCUUUAUCGAACAGCCCUUGAAGCUGGAUAUCCUCAAAAUGGCCACUGCCUACCUGAGGAGGGUAAGCUGGGCCAGCUGCAUGAAGUUCCACCCUGAAGACAGCACCCUGAUUCAUCUCAUUGACCGAAAGACAAAGAAGGAAGUUGGGACCAAAUUCUACACGGGUGCGAUGGCUGUCUACCAUCAUGUCAAUGCCUUUGAAGAUGAUGGGCAUGUUGUUUUCGAUGUGAUCGCCUAUGAUGACAACAGCUUGUAUGACAUGUUUUACCUGGACAAGCUGAAGGAGCAGAUGGGCAAUAAUACUAUGUAUGUCAAGCCCAAGUGCAGAAGAUUUGUGUUGCCACUUAGUGACAAGGGUGAGACAGGUGAAGAUCUGGUCAAACUUAAAUACACAAGAGCCAGUGCUGUGAAGGAGAAAGAUGGGAAAGUUCUGUGUCAGGGCGAAGUACUCUGUGAUGGUGUCGAACUUCCAAGAAUUAAUUACAAUUUCAAUGGAAAGAAGUACAGAUAUUCUUACAUGUGUUGUGUGGACAUAUCCCCACUGGCCACAAAGAUUGUAAAGUUUGAUGCUGAAACAAAGCAGCAGCUUGAGUGGAAUGGAGAGGACGGAUUUGCAUCAGAGCCCGUUUUCAUUCCCAGGCCUGAUGCAGUUGAUGAAGAUGAUGGUGUAAUCCUGACAGUUAUCAUAAACGCCAAACCAAGGGUGGGUGGCUUUCUGCUGAUGCUUGAUGGCAAGUCUUUCAAAGAAGUUGCCCGGGCUUGUGUAGAUGUAGAGUUUCACAUGGACAUGCAUGGCUACUUCAUACCAGACAGUAGUUAAGAGUUUCAUGUCUGCCAGCCGUCUAGGCAUAAUGACAGAGAUGGAGAAUGUCCUGUAAAUGUUGAUAUUUUGAUGGUCUAGUUACAAAGUUGUCAAAAAUGUACUGCAUUAUCAGCUGUAAAGUGGACCAUGCAUAAAUAACUGUAAAAAUGUUUCUACAAAUCGUGCUUUGUUUGCUUGUUUGUGAAUAAUAUAAACGUGUAAAAAAAAAAAGGUACUGCUUGAAAGGUCAUUAAUUGCAUUUAGUAAUAUCAGACAAAUAUGUGAACUGUUGUGCUGUGUUUUUUGCUUGCAUAAAGCAAUCAUAAAUUGAAGAUAUUAUUCUGUAA